CCCCAAAAUUUCAAUUCUCCCUUCUCUCUCCUCUCCCCUUUUACGUACUCUCAAACACAAACCCUUCCCCUCGUGUUGUUUUAUCUUUUUUAUUUUUUUUUGGUUUUUUCUUUUUUCUUUUUUCGGCAAUUGAGAUGUCGAACCCUUCGUCGCUUCCACCGGGCUUCCGUUUCCACCCCACUGACGAGGAGCUCAUCCUCCACUACCUGAGAAACCGGGCGGCCGCGACGCCGUGCCCGGUCUCGAUCAUCGCCGAGGUCGAUAUCUACAAGUUCGAUCCAUGGAACCUACCUGAUAAAGCGGUGUUCGGCGAUCGCGAGUGGUACUUCUUCAGCCCCAGGGAUCGUAAGUACCCGAACGGUAUUCGGCCGAACCGCGCAGCAGGGUCCGGGUACUGGAAGGCGACGGGCACGGAUAAGCCGAUUCUCACGAGCAAAGGGCACGACAACAUCGGGGUGAAAAAGGCCCUGGUGUUCUACAAGGGGAAGCCGCCAAAGGGGAUCAAGACGAACUGGAUCAUGCACGAAUACCGCCUCGCAGAAGCUCAAACAAGCAACAACUACAGGCCCAUGAAGUUUAGAGAUUCCUCUAUGAGGCUUGAUGAUUGGGUCCUAUGUCGAAUCUACAAGAAGAGUAGCCACAUCUCAUCGGUGCCGCCGUUAAUGGAGCACGAACAAGACGACUCGAGCUCAGAGGAUAUCUACUCAUCGAGCUUCCGGAACUUUCCGGAGCCUUCUGCUAGGCUUCCGAAAUCUUCGUCGAUAUCCGAAUUUCUCGAGGAUUACUCCGCGCUCUCGCAUUUAUUUGACAAUUUGCCUGAGGUGCCCGGACCGGAACAUGGCUCCCUCUUGUCUAAUCCAAGUUCAAACCAGCUAUUCAUUAACACUGGUAGUAGUAUGAACAACAAUAAUAAUAACAACUUAGUGGUGCAACAACUCACACUAAGUGAUCAAUCCUCUGCAUCUGUUGGUGAGAACUCUUCAAAGCGCCAAAGAGCUAGUGAUGGUUACAAUAUAGAAGAAGAAAAUGGCUUCUUUCACCCUUCAAAGAAGCUCAAUGAUUCAUGCAAUGCCCCAAACACCUUCUCCAACCAACAAUUUGAUGGACUGCAACAGAGCUUCUUGAGCCAGCCCUUCUUCGGUCAACAGUUGCUCCUUAAUUCUCACUUGGGAUUGCACUGAUUUAAUGUUAUUAUAUUUAUAAUAGAAAAAAUAUAUAUAUAUGUAGGGAGUGGGGAUGGAUUGAGGAGAAGGGAUUAAUGGCACACAAGUUUGUUUAAUUAUGAGAUGUACCCUUUUUUUUUUUUUGUUUCCCUCAUUUUUACUUAAUGCUCUGAUGAAGAGUUUUAGGAAAAAAAUUUGUAAAAUCACAAGAUUGUCUAGGAAAAAUUUGUAAGGGAGGUGAAUUAAACUAAUGGGAGAAAAUUGGGUUUGUAGA